GCACCGCAAUGAGCCUGUACAAUCAGAAAUUAGCUUCCUGGCGGUGCAAUUUUCCCCGUCGAAUCGCCGAUGAUGUCGUAUAGCUAUUCAACAUGAGUAAUUGGAGGGCUGUUGCGCCUCGAACUCUGGAAUAGGAUUUGACUGCGGGUAAUAUAUUCAGCCUGCCCAUUCGCUCACACCCAUUCCUCGAACAUGACCUUCAUCUCAAAUGAUCCCAGUUGGUGGCCGACAAUCGAUUUGAGUAUUUUUGGGAGCUAUAUGCAAGUUGCCGCCGGUGUCGUGGUGGUAUACGAUUGGGUCUUAACACUCGGACAAGAGAUUGAACUCAUCUGGAGACAACGAUGGUCUCUCAUGACUGUGCUGUAUUUGAUUAUACGCUAUAUUGGAAUACCAUUUUCUGUUGUCCGUAUUCUAGAGAGUAUGCCAUCGGUAUCGCUGACAGAUGCAGUGAGUGGUAUCGCGUACUACGCAAUAAAUGGCACAACUAUGGCCUUGACUACCAUGUUGGGCGUGAUCAUGAUUACUCGGUUGCAUGCCAUGUAUCAGGGAUCUAGAAUGAUGCUUUCCUUCCUUGUUAUUAUCUUCCUGGCUGUGAACAUCGCCUGCGGAGUAAUCGCGGCAAUAGGACUCAACGACACUGCAGUGGAGGAGUUCAUACUCUCUGGCACGUAUAUGUGCCAUUAUGAAUAUGACGGGGUCGUCGAGCUUAUGCUUUCAAUGGUAUGGAUGCUCAACACUGUUUGGGAGGUCCUCGCACUGUGUCUUUCAGUUUGGAUUGCUGUGAAACACUUCCGUGAGCUGCGACGACUCGGCCCAUCGACAGGAUCGACCAUCGGGGACUGUUUCAGAGUGCUGAUACAAUCACACGUUCUUUAUUUUGCAAGCUUUUUUAGUGUCUCUUGCCUCCAGCUUGCUACUGAUCUCUCCUCAGAAUUUUGGGGUUCAAAUUCUAUUGGAGUUAUGAUAGUUGAAGGAGCUUUUGACAUUUCAUCGGUUGCGCAGAUGUUCAUGCUGGGACCACGCCUCAUCCUGAGCGUUCGAGAAUACCACGCCAAACUUGUGGCAUACUCCGACGCAGACACUAGCAUGAAUUCGAUUGUCUUCCAGGAGCAUGUACAUGUAUCGACUAGCAGUACUGUAUAGGGAAAUGCUUGCCGAGUGGUCCGCAGGGAGAAGAAAUUUGAUCGAGGAUCCGUUGUGAUAAUUAUGUAUAUUUGAAAGGUCUAGGCAAAGCUAUUUCUUGUUGUAUCACUACUAGAACGAAGUAUCCGCGCUUGAACCAAGUGUUAAGGGGAA